GCUCAAAGGUAACGUUUACCUGCAUGCCUUCAGCUGAACAAACCGAACCUUUCUAAAUGAAAUGAGUCGUGAUCUGUGGGUUAGGUCAGACAUUAACAACCCGAAUCUAAAGACUGUAGCCUACAGCUCCGGUUGAAUUAUUCUAUUGAAGGAAAAGGAAGCGACUGUCAAAAAGAAAGGACCGUGUGGCCCGAAAGUCUCUCAGUCAGAGACUGCCAAGAAUAAAAAUGGCUGAAGACAUCCAAGACAAGCUGGAGAAAUACCGCACUGCUCCCUUUGACGCUAGAUUUCCCAACCAGAACCAGACCAGGAACUGCUGGUCCAACUACGUGGAUUACUACCGCUGUCAGAAAGCCCUGGACGCCAAAGGAAUAGACACAGCCCCCUGUGAAUGGUACAAGAGGGUCUACAAAUCUCUGUGCCCCAUGUCCUGGGUCCAGAAAUGGGACGACCAGCGAGAGGAGGGGACAUUUCCAGGAAAAAUCUAAAGCUGCCCUGGUCAAACCUCUUCAGCUAAAUGUUUGUCCUGCUGUGCCUCAGGAGCACACUAGUACUGAAUGUUCAUUUCUUAUAAAAACAGAGAAAUGUACGGUCGAUUCGACAUUAAAAACUCAGGAUACAUAUUUGAAA